CAUCCUCGACCGACGUGCAACGGCACUCGUGCAACAGACGCGGCACAGCUCGAACUCAUCGUCUUCGUCUAUAAUCCGAACGUCCGAACGAUUUCGUUUGUAUAAACAAAAAAUACCUUCGGGCAAUUUGGAGGUGAGUAGUUAUCGUAUUAUAAUAUUUUAUUACACAUGCAUUAAAUAGUAUUGUAAACACCUAACUACGAAAUAUUCUAUUAUAUUUUACAUGUAAAUACUUUUAUAUUACACUCAGUGGCGGUGUGACGUUAUUUUUCUUUCUAUAAAGUAGUGUCAGUAAAAUAGCGACGCAAGUCCCGAAGAAUCAUGAAUUGUAACUAAAGUUAAUAGUCGUUCCUGAACUUCACUUUUUUCGUUAACGAAUCUAAUGAUAAAGUCUCACACUAUACACUAGCCAAUCAUCAAUAAUUUGUGAUUUUAUAAUCACAAUGUAUAGAAUACCUAUUCAUUAUUAUUAUGUAUCUAGGUAAGUAUUAUUUUGCUUAAAAAUAUGUACACAGGUGCCUUAACAGCAAAAUCGUUGUUACUUGUUUCAUUUUGCCUCGUAGAUUGGGAAAUCUUUUAGUGAAUAUCCACUCUCUUCUAAAAAAUAAACGACACGAGCAGAUAAACCAAACCCUUUAUUUUUCUUUAAUCCCCUCUCCCCUCCCAAUAAGAAUAUUUAUUACAUAAAUUCUAUUAUUUUGCUACAAAUUCGAUUAAUUUAAUAAUUUUCUAAUUGACACAGUAAGCAAAAUAAUAUUUUAUUGGUUGUCCAAUGGACUUAACUGUGGACGAUAUAAUAACAUAUGUGUUACUAUCGUGUUUGUCAAGACGGUGAAAAUAUCUGAGAAUAUUAUUUGUUUGAUUUUUUUUUGUUAUAAUUAAUGAUGUUAUUUAAUUAAGGACGUAUAAUUAACGCGAUUUGCUUUCGGUACCUAAUGCAAAAAAAAAAAAAAUAUGUGAUUACAAAUCACAAAUAAAUUUUGUGAUAACAGUCGUAACUUGUGAUAUAUUAUAAUUUGAUAGUUACUAGGGAAAUAAUCGCCCCGCCGUUAAAGUCACCACAUACCUAUACCUGAAAAUAGUAUUAUUAUUUUACGCCAUAUAAAUAAAAGGUAAAAGGUAAAAGAUCCACAACCAGAAUAGUAAUGAUAAUAAAAAAUAAUUGAUUGUGUUCGUUUAAAAAUUAUUAAUUUAAUUUUUUUGAAUUACCUACCUUUACGGAAUUAAUCGCUGACCUAACCAACAUAAACGUUGAUUAUUAAACGGAGUUUACGCUAAUAAAGGAUGGCUAUCAGCUAUAAACUCUGUUUAAAAAUCAGAUUAAUGAAAGCGUUUAUGUUGGUGAAACAGAUCCGUAAUUGUACAGGGCUUUUUACAGGGUUUGAAACUGGUUUUGUAAUCGAUUUUAAAUACCGGUUAAAACUUUAAAUUGUUAAAAAAUCGAUGCCAAUAUCAAAAUCAAAAUUAAAACUAAACAAAUUUAAAACUGAUUUUCAAAAUUAAAAAAAAAAUCGAUUGCCAAAAUUGAAAUCAAAAUUAAAAGAAUUAAAAAUCGCUUAUCAAAAUCAAAAUCAAAAUCGAAAAAAUUCAAUACCGUUAAUCAAAACAGGAAUUUUUUUUUGGUUUGGUUAAGGCGAGGAAAAGCUUGGUGUAAGAAAUUGACUUUUUUUAGAAUCUGGCUUUUAAAUUACCUAUUCCCAUAGUCGAGUUGUGUAGAGAAGAUGAUUUUACGAUUUAUUUCGGAUUCUUAUUUGAUACAUUCCCUCUCAUUGGAAAUUCCUGGGCAUGCCACCGACCACGAAAAUAUAAAUCAAUUAUUUUUUAUUUUAUGUUUUAUACGUCAAAAAAUAUAUUAUAUUAUUAUAUGUAUUAUACUCCAACUGUACGCUCCACGUAAAAUAAUUUCUGUAAAUAUGAUUUGAUUGAUUAUAGUUAGAUAUUAUUAAAUUGUGUCAAAUAAACAUAGAAAUGUCUGGUUUUAACUUUAUUCGAGCAUAUUUAUCAAAAUUAAAUCCAAUUCAGUUAUAAAAAUAGUGAUUUCGUAAAAUUAUUAGCACAUGUUAAUCGUUUCUAGAUAUUACAUUCGAAUGAACUAAUGGGAUUUUUUGCCUGAACUCACUUUUAUAUUAUUAUAGUCAUUUAAGUCGAUUCAAUACAAGUAUUUAGGUUUGAUUGUGAAAGAAAGUAAGUAUAGAUAUCUACUUACAGUAGCUUACUCAGGAUUUUUCAAUGGGAGGUGGGGGAGAUUGAAAAUUGAUAAUCAAUUAGUGGUUUUGUCACAAGUUUGAAAAAUAAAUUAGGUGCAUUUUCACUUUUGACCAAUAAUAAACAUAAAAUAGAGGUACAUAAAAAAAUUUAAAAAAAAGGACGGGUAUACUUCGCAUGUGGUUACUAUUGUAGAUGAGAAGUUUGGAAGGUAGGAUUUAAAUCGGAAUUUAAUAUAUAUCCGUAAGCAACAAUAAACCAUUGCUACCAAAAAAACGAUUCUGAGCGAAAUUCAGUUAAUAUAGUUGCUUGUCAAAAAUACAUAUGAAAAAUACAUAUGUCAUAUUAUGUUAAAAUGAUUACAACAAUGUGCAUUUCCAUGACAAAAAUUAUUGUUUAGAAAAAAAUUAAAACAAUAAAAACUUAAUAAUAACAAAAAAUAAUUAAAAACGGUUGCCAAUGACGACCUUAUUUUUAAUCUUUUAAUCUUGUCUAACCUAAAGAACCAGGCUUUCCUUAUUAUCUCGAAUAUUAAUGAGGAUUUCAAAAAAUGACCUCUUUAAAGUAUCACCCAGAGAACAUUUCCAUUUCCACCAGAAAAGGUGUUAUACUUGAUAAUCUAAGUAAGAUUUCUGGCUGUAAAAGUGUUCACAUAAAAAAAUAAAAAAAAUAAAAUAUCUUUGUAAAACCAAUACAUUCUUCGCUUAACUUAGAAUUUAAGAACCUACCGUUUUUUUUUUCUUCAAAUUAAAAUUUUAAAAAAUUCGAUAUUUUUCUGCCAUAAUGAAUAAUUAAAUAGUUAUUUUAGUUUGAUACUAUGAGAUACGUUUUAUGCGAAAAACGAAAAACCUAUAAAAAAAUAUAAUUACUUUGAUACUCAAGAGCAAUAAGUGUAAACGAAAUUAUGUACAUACUUACCUAAUUGUUUUUCACUAAUUAAAGGUUAUAUUAUUAUUUACAACAUCCGUGGGCUAAUUUAACGAUGCGUUAACUAAUAUUGUUAACAUCAGUUCAGUAUGUUCAAUAUUGCAAUUUAUAAUAAAUUUAAUUAUCUCAUUAUCUAAGGUUCCGUGGUAGCCCGCGCAUGCAUGGUAACAUCAACCAAAAAAAGUUGUAAUUAUUACAAAACCAUUGUUUAUACUUUAUAACGAAUGUGACCACAGUUAAAAUAAAUAAUAAAAAACAAUAAUCUUAGUAGAUCUUAGUGAUCUAUAGUAAUAUAGUAAGGUUAUUAAUAGACGGCGGUGUUAAAUUAAAAUAUUUACCUACGUAUGUAGCGUAUUUUAUGAAAAAAGUCCUUAUUUACUAUUGUUACAGUUGAAACUUAAAAAAUAUAAACAAAUAUGUAUGUAGAUAUAUAUAUAUAUAUAUAAAUACCGUAAAUGGGGGGAGGCUUCUGCCCUGUAGCCCCCUCCCCAGAGUACACCACUGCUUACUUAUGAAUUUAUUUUAUUUUAUCAGAGAGCUAAUAAAAUAAAUAGUUCUAAAUGUUUUUUAAAUCACCUGAUACUACACAAAUUGCAAAAUUUGUUUGUUAAGCUAAAAAAAAAAAUUGGCAUGUCAUAAACUUAUUACGAACUUUGGUUAUGUGAUCAAUGUGACCAUAAUGUUUUAAGAUUUUAAACAAUAAUAUAUUGUAUGAUUUUGCCGUUUUGUAUUCUUCUUCUUUAUUAAAAAAUGAAAUAAGAUAUUUUUGCAAUACAUAACAAUUAAAACAUGACUUGUGCGUUGUAAUUACCAGUAUAUUACAUUUCAUAUAACUACUCGGUUUUAAUCACAUCGUUAUUAUUACCUACUGAUUUUCAAUAGACUGCAAUUUCUUUGUGUAUUGAUAUUAAAAUAUAGUCUAUCAUUUUCAUUCAUUACAUGAUAAUAAUAUACUUAUCGUGUCUGUAUACUUGUCAAUUUAUUUCUGGGUUUUAUAUUUUCAUUAAAGUCACUGUUGACAUUUAUUCAACUUUCACAAGAGAUAUGUGAUGAUAUACGGAUACUAUCGUUACAUUAUAUAUAUAUAUAUAUAUUUUGUAUUUACAAAUAGUAGGUUUUAAAUUUACAAAAUAUUAAAUUAUUCAUAAAAAAUAAAAAUAUAGAAUAUAUUAUGUAGAUCUUGUCUUACAUAAUGUAUACAAUUACAUAUUUUAUUCUUAUAAUUAGAUAUUAUAUUAUAAAAAUGUAUAUAAUGUAUAUAAUUACCGAUGAAACUAUUGUAUAAUCAUUACUAGGGACCGGAUUUAUAUGCAAAUGUAUAUAUGUAUUGGAAUAAGCUUUUUGAAAUCUGAUGAGCAUUGUCCCCGAUUUAGAUCAUUCUUAUUAAAAUAACACUCAUUUUAUUUUACAUAUUUUGCAUAUUUCAACGUUUUUCCCUAUUAAAUGCAUAUUGAAUGCAUAUUUGUAGUUUUAUAGUGCAUAUUAUUAUUUAUAGCACAUAUUCGUUUUUCGUCGUACUACCUGAAGAUUUAAAUGCAAGUGAUAUUGCAUGUAUGAAGUACGCUCCCAUAAAUACUGCUGAGGUCGAACGAAGUUUUUCAAUGUAUACAAAUGUACUUACAGAUAAUCGGAGGAAUUUAACGUUUGAACACAUUAAGGAACUUCUGAUCAUCCAAUGCAAUAAGGAAAAAUAUGAAUUCAAUUUUUGAAGACGAAGACGACAAAAUACUUUCAAAGCUUUUUUAUACUUUUUUAAUUAUUAUUUUUACAUAAUUUUACAUAAUAUAUUUACAUAUACAUACAUUUUAUAUAUUUUUACAUAAUUUUAAAUAAAAUUUUAAGUGCAAAAUUAAGUACAUAUUUAAAAAUAAAUACAUAUUUUAUAGCUAAUUACAGCAUUUUUAGAAGCAUAUUUGAGGAUUUUUCGUGCAUAUAAAUCCGGUCCCUAAUCAUUACACUUUGCAGAUAAUGCACGGGCCAAUGUAUUUAAAUUUUUUCAGAAGAAAUUUAAAGAACGUGAUAUCAAGUUAAUAAUCAAUACUAAAAUGGUUUAUUUCUAAAGGGGUAAAUUAAUAUUAAUUAAUUGUAUUAAUUGUAAAGUAAAUUCUAGAUAUCUUACUCGUACAAUAAUUAUAAUAGAUUAAUAAAAGAAGCGAAGAAAAUAUCUAUUUGGGGUAGCAUAACUCAUCACACAUAAGUACUCUGUGUCUGUAAUUUCUAUGUACCAUAUAGAUACCUCAGUUUAUGUUCUCAGGGAUUUUUAUUGGGGAGGGGGGAUAUAAAAAUUAUUUGCAAGAAAAAUCACAUUUAUUAUUAUUACCACUUUUUUUUUAAUAAUUUGAAUAUAAAUUAUUGUAUUUCGACAGUUACACAAGAUAAAAACGAUUAUUACCCCUUUUUAACUCAUUGGGCUCUCUAGAAAGGUUUUAGGUCUUUUCAUACAUAAAAAUGUUCUUUUAGUCAACCUAUAUAUUCGUAUGAUGCAUAAUAUUUUCACUAAAUGACAAUUGUUGAGAAAAAACAAUUGACUAGAUAAACGUAAAGAAUCAAUGGCUGUUUUAAGAAAUGCAUUAUUUGCUUUCAGUUUUUCCUGUCAUAUUCUAUGUUCAGCAGUAAAAAUUUGAAAAUCGGGGGUUCAGAUAAAAUUUAACAAAUUUUUCAAUGGUUCAUAUUCAAUUUUAUGGAAUAAUAAACAUUAAAAAUCUGAACAGUAUAUUAUAUAAUAACAAAUUUUUCUGCCAUUUUCUUUUCCAUUUUAAACGUUUUCAUCUAAAAAAGUGGAACACUGAUAUUAUAGAGUUGUCCAAUCUACAUGACCGUAAGUUGCCCAACCUGUAUAUACCUAUAGACUAUACGUCUAUCCCUUUAAGACCGUAAUACAUAGUAUUUACUAAUGUAGAAAAUGAUAACGAGUCAAUAAUUUUAUUAUUUAUUAAUUACCACUAAAUAUCAAUAUUAUUUAUAGAAAUCACUAAAGGAAAAAAAAAAUACAACAAUAGGUCAAUACUAUUGUUAUUUGGUAAUAAAAAAAAAAAGAUCAUAAGAUGGGAUCCAUCCCCCCCUUCUGUGAAUACGCCCAUGAGGUACCUAGUUCAAUGGCACCAAGUAAAUUUUCACAAUAUUGAAUGACUGCUGCAACGACAAUUACAACACGUUUUUAAUUACUGUUUAGUUAUUGCGGUGUUCAUCGAAUUCUUAAUAUUUCACUGAAGAUAUAAUAAAAACAUUGUUUUUUUUUUUACACAUCUACUCGUAUAAUAUUAUACCUACCAUAUAAAAUAAUACUAUUUAUUUAUUAUCCAUGAAUAUAACUAUAUAAUUGUAUUUUGUAAGCACUCUUAAAAUAGUAUACAUACAUAUAUGUAUAUAUAUGUAUUAGCUAUACGAAUAAAAUACAAAAACAAUUAUCUAUGUAGGCUUCUUUAAAAUAAUAUAGGUUGGUGUAUAAUGGAUGUCCCGUCACAGCUUUUUCUGUUAUUGUGACAAAAUCAAUGUAAAUGUAAACAACUAUUAAGUUUUAUUAUUUUCAAUUUUGGUUUUUGUUGUAAUACAAAUAAAUCAUAUUUGUAAGCAUUCGAAAUUUAUAUACAUAACUUAUAUUUCUAUUUUCUAGACGAGGUUAAAUGUUUGAGCUAUUUUUAAGCAUUUUACAUUUUCAAUUUUUUUUUUUUUUUUACGUACCUAGUUUUAUUUGAUAAACACUAUGUGAAUAUAAUUGUUUGACCAAAUAGAAAUGGUUGAAAAUUUAACAAGAGGUUCAUUAUAAGUUGUACUUAGUGGUAAAAGAGAAAAAAAAGAGUGCAAUGUAGUAAUUUUUUUUUAAAAUGGUUUUAAGGUUGAACUUUGAUGAAAAUCGUAAAUAUUACGGCUUCCGAAAUCAUGGAUAAUGUAUAAAUGAACUUAACUUAGAAUCGCUUUUUGUUAGCAAUGGUUUAUCGCGUAGUAAAUUUUAUGAAAGUUCAAAUUGUCUAGAUGAUACUUUAAAGAGGUUGUUUUUUGAUUUUCAACGCCAUUUUUUAAAUAAAAGCAUGUAAGUAAGAAAAAACAUAGCAAAACGUAUGAUUUCACGAUUUCAUUAUUUUAUAAAAACACGAACAACGUUUUCUAUCGGAAAAAAUGAUUUGAUUGAAAAAUCACAUGAUACCUUUUUUGUUGCCUUUCUUACGAUAUCAUGGCGAAAAUGUUUGAGCUUUUAAGGAAUUUUAAUUUUUGGGAGUUUUUUUGCUGUAAUUGGGUUAUAAAUACACAUAGAGACUUGAAACUUGGUAAUAAUACUUAUUAAAUUAUAAAUUAUAAAUUAGAUUUAUCUAAACGUGGUCAAAUUUUAAAAACCAUCGGACUAUUUCUUUUUAAAUUAGCGUUUCGAAAUCAAAUUUAAACAAAAAUCACAAAAAAAAAUUACGGCUCUUUAAAUUAUGAAAUACUGAACUGUGCUCGAAAUAGUCUUUCGUUAAGCAAUGGUUUAUAGUUGCUUACAGAUAUAAAUGAAAUAACUUACCUUCCCAACUUCUCACCUACAACAGUGUCCGCUUCCAUUCCCAUAUUUUUUAUCGAAGACGUAAAGUAUUAAUGUACAUCUUCGCAGAUUCGUCGUCAUUUAUUUUUAAAAGUUGCAUGUUUUUGACGUAUUCAUUUAUUUUAAUAUUUAAUUCACAAAUACUAAAAACUUCCUUUUAUUAAUAUUGCAAUUUUGAAUACAUAUUUCAAUUAUUCAGAUUGUAAUCUCCACAGAUAGGAACGAAUUAUUGAAGUUUAUUCAUUAAAAUUUUAAUUUAGAUAUUAUGUAAUUGGUCAUCUGUUAUACAUCAUGCUCAGAUCGUGAUUAACACAGUUAUUAUUUUCAUUGUUUCACUCUGUUAUUUCGAUAUUAUAAUAUUAUUUGAUGCACUUUCGCAAUAUUAUUGUGUUACAUAUAUAUACUCGUAUAUAUAUUUUAAAUAGUUAAUUAAACAUUCGAUCCAAGUUAUUUUAGUUAAAAUUAUUUAAUUACUUUAAUCAGGUAAUUCAGUUUUAUAUUUAUGAUAACCGGUUAACAUAUUGCAAUUUAAAUACAUUUUAAAUAUUAGCCGUAGUACUAAUUGAAAUGAUUUAAAUUUGAGAGAUCAUCACUGCAGUAACAUUAAUUGCCGUCUCUAUUUCUCUAACGGCCGAUAGAAUAAUAUCAAACAUGAGUUUUUGGAGUUCUAUAUCAUAGGUGCAAUUAGCUUAAAACACAAAUUAUCUCACAAAAUUAAAAACAACUAUAAUGUUUGGUUGUGAUUUUUAAUUUCUUAUUCCCAGAAAAUCGUUUGUAGUUAAAAAUAUUAAUUUUAAAUUCUGAGUCGAACGAGAAAUGUAUUGGUUUUACAAUGAUGUUUUUUUUUUUUUAUACCUGUGGAAUAAUUUUUCUACCAAAAUCUUACCCCGAUUUUCAAGCAUAGCACUUUUCUUGAAAGGAAGCCUGACUGGAGUGGUACUUUAGGGAGGUCAUUUUUUAAUUUUCCCAAGAGUUUUCCCAAUAAUUAAGAAAAAACAGGGGAAAAAUUGAGAAAAACGUAGGAAAAACGGAAAAGUAGAUAUAAUAUUAAUAAAUAUAAUUAAAGAAAAUAUGUAUUGCAUACUAUGUAAUUAAUUUACCAUAAUGUGACUUAUAUAUUGUUGACGAAGCAAAAAUAAUAACGGAAUUCUGCUCAGAAUCGUUUUUUGUUAACAAUGGUUGGUUAAUCGUUGCGUACAGGUAUACAUUAAAUUUCCUCUUUACUCUCCAAAUAUUUCACUUAUAACAGUGGCCCACCUACAUGCGAAAUAUGUCUGUCGUUUUUUUCGGUUAAUCUCAAUAUAAAACUUAGUACCUAUUUAAUGAAAAUACAAAAAAUUAUCACUGUGAAAUCAGUAAACGUUGUCAUUUUUAAUUUGUUGAAAAUAUGUUUGUUGCAAGUUUAUUUUUUUUAAACUAGUCAUAAUAUAGGUUUAAUGGUCGGUAGAUAAAAUACAGUGUCUUUGGAACUUCGAAAACACGUUCUUUAUGUACUAAUGGUUGGAAAUAUUGAUAUAGCAAAUGUUACUGUGACGUCUACUUAAUAUUCACGCCUUUCAUAAAAUUGUAUGAUACUUAAAUCAUCUGUUACGUGAUUUUAUUUCAAUUUAUAUUACUAGCUAUUUCGAGCCAUAAUUGGAAAUAUUGCCCUUUAAAGUUUUAUUUUUAUGAUCCUCUGGAAAAAGCCACUAGGCUAACUUAUAACUUAUAUUAUAAACCUAGUAUGUGUUGUUAAUAUGUCGUUAAGUAUAAGGUUAUAAGUUCAAUUACACGAAAGGAGUAAAAAUUCAAUGAACUAAUAUAAUAUGAAAAUGCGUUAUAACAUUGUAUGGCGUAAUUUAUAGUGUAUAAAAAUAUAAUUACGAAUCAAAAAAACACAUAAGUAGCAGAGCUUUAUCACUAGAGUCAAAUUUUCUAGAACUUGAAUUAAUAAAAACAUUGUCCUAACAUUGUCUACUUCCAAACUUGAAUAGUAUAAUACAUUUUAGAAAGUUGUAUAAAAAAUUUGUUUGAAUUUUUUGGAUUCUGAGUGGAGCGAGGAUUGGUUUUACAAUGAUGUUUACUUCUAGGUUCUAAGUAAAACCAGAAUUGCCAAAACUUUUGAGAUUUUAAGGAAUUUUAAUUUUUAGGAGACUUUUGCUGUAAUUCGGUUAUAAAUACAUGUAGAGACUUGAAACUUGGUAAUAAUACUUAUAUUGGACUUACAUAACGUGAUACAAUUUUAAAAAUCGUCGGAUGUUUUUUUUUUUGUAAUAAAUGUUUUUAAAUAAAAGCAUGUAAGUGAAAAAAAACGUAGAAAAACGUAUAAUUUCACGAUUUCAUUGUUUUAUAAAAACACGAACAACGUUUUCUAUCAGAAAAAAUGAUUUGAUUGAAAAAUCACAUGAUACCUUUUUUAAUUAAUUUCUUACGAUAUUAUGGCGAAAACUUUUGAGCUUUUAAGGAAUUUUAAUUUUUGGGAGUUUUUUUUGCUGUACUUCGGUUAUAAAUACACAUAGAGACUUGAAACUUGGUAAUAAUACUUAUAUAAGACUUACCUAAACGUGGUAAAAUUUUAAAAAUCAUCGGACUUUCUUUUUUAGAUUAGCGUUUUGAAAUCAAAUCUAAACGAAAAUCGCAAAACAAAUUACGGUACUUUAAAUUAUGAAUUACUGAACUGCGCUCGAAAUGGUUUUUUGUUAAGCAAUGGUUUAUCGUUGCUUAUAGAUAAACGAAAUAACUUUAUGUAUCCUACCUUCUCAAUUUCUUACCUACAAGUGUCCGCUUCAAUUCCCAGUAUCAGCUCUUUUUUUUAUAUUCAGUCGCCUUUUAUAUUUUGACUGUGAUAUAUUGAUUUUUAAUUCGAAACUGGUGGUAUAAUAAUAAUCUCAUCAUAAUACUUAUCAUAACUUAUCAUAAGAUUCCAAGAGACGCAUUCAUUUAUUUUUUUAUUUUACUUUUAUUUCUUCAUUUUUUAUUUAUAUAUUUUAUAUAUAUUUAUUUAUUUAUUUAUUAAUAUAUAUAUAUUUAUUAAUGAGUAUUAAUAGUAAUUAUUAAAAGUAAUUGUUAGACUUGAACAGAAAUACUUGAAAAUAUAACAGGAGGUUCAAUAAGAAUCUUACUUUGUAGUCAAAAAAAAAAAAAAAAAAUUGAGUAUAAUGUAGUAUUUAUUUUAUAAGGGAAUUUUAAUAUCAAAUUUUGACAAAAAUCGUUUGAGUAAAUAUUAUGUGGAACAAAUCUAAUUUUUCAAUUAAUUUUUUUUGAACAUAUGUAUAUUGCCGAUUUAAGAACAAUGGUGAAGUUAGAAUUAAGCGAACUGAUUAAGUUUUGAAUUUAUAGCUUUUUCAAGUUCUGAUAUUAUGCAAAUAUUUUAUGUUAUGUUAAAUAACUCUAUAUUGUUUUCUUAAAGCAUAUUUGUCAUGAUCUAAUGUUUAUUUAUGCUUAUUAUCAUCCAAAGGGUUCUGGAUUUAAAUCAAUGGGUUGAAAAGAAAUUAUUUACAUUUUUUAGUAUUUUGGAUGUACCUAUAGACCCAAGUGAUCGUUCCCUCGGACUAUUUUAAUUGAAAAAUACCCCUUGAUUUGCUGUGCAAACUUUUCUAUCAGAAAUCUUGCACUCAUGUAUCAAGUGUAUCAAGAAAGAAAAUUUUAUUUACAUGGUAAUUUAAGGAUGUCAUUUUUUGAAAUUUCAUAAUAUCUGUGAAAAACCGGAAAAAAAUUUGGGAAAACAGAAAAUGUAUGAAAUGUAGUUAUUAGUAAAAAUACAUUACGAUUUUUUUCUUUGUCAACAAAUUUUCUACCAGCAAUUUUGUUCAGAUUUACAAGCAUGAUAGCACUUUUUCUAAGGGAAUCUCUCUGGGGAGGUAAUUUUUCAAUUUUCCCAAGAGUUUUCCCAGAAAAUGUGAAAAAUCGGGAAAAAACAUGGGAAAACUGGAAAAAAUGCAGGAAAAACGGAGAAAUCGGUACAAUAUUAAACAGAUAUUAUUAAAGAAUAUAUAAUGCCUAUUUAAUGAGGUAUUUUACCAUAAUAUAACAUAUUUAUCGUUGAAAUAGCAUCAUUAUAAACUGAACUACGCUCAAAAUCGUUUUUUCGUUAGCAAUGGUUUGUUGUUGCUUACAAAUACACAUUAAAUUACCUAUAACAGUGGCUGAACCUAUUUCCAUUAUCCUAGAACGUCUUUUUUAAACAUUUAUUUUUUGUGAAAACAUUUUUUCUACCGAACAGCUAACUUUGAAUAUUAAGUAUAGUACUUUUUCUGAGAGAAACUGUUCUCUGGGUAGUACAUUAGAGAGGUUAUUUUUUUAUAUUAUCAUUAAUAUUUGUGAUAAUGAGGAAUAUCUGGUGGUUUAGGUUAGAAAAAAAUGAAAGAUUAAUAAUAGGGUUGUCAUUGGCAGUCUUUUUUAUUUAUUUUUUGUUAUUAUUAAGUUUUUAUUAUUUUAAUCUUUUUUAAAUAAUCAUUGUUGUCAUGGAAACUCACAAUGUGAGUUAUAUAACUUUACUUUAAUAUGACAUUUUGCAUAUAUUGUAUGGUCGACAAAGCCACACUAUCAGCUGAACUCCGCUCAGAAUCGUUUUUUCGUAAGUAUUGGGUUAUCGUUGCUUACAGAUAUACAAUAAAUUUCCGUCUGUACUCUACCUUCUCAACUUUCCACCUACAAAAGUGGUUGUAUUCAUAUGCGAAGUAUGUAUGUCCAUUUUUUUUUUCACGUUUGCACGACGGUAAAAAUGCAACAAAAUUCCGUUGCUGAGGAAAUAGUAUUAAUAUCCGUUAUAUUUUUACAUAUUGUUUAUGUGUUUAGUUUAUUUUUAAAAUGUGACGUGUUCACGGGUAUAUACACACUGGUCUAUAUUUGAAAUAAGUAUAUGUAGGUGUGAUUUGUCAAUUUUUAAUUGAGUACCUAUAAGUUAUUAAAACGCAUAUUUUGAUAAAAUAUUAUAUAAUAACAAAAUAUUAGUCGUUUAGGUAGAUAUAAUGACUUAAUAGUAAUAAGGUAUAAUAAAUUUACUGGCACUUACAAUAUAGGAAAACAAAAUAAAUUUCACAGCAUGUGAUGAAUAGUGAAAACAUACGUUUAUUUCAAAAAUGGUACAAUUAGAGUUGUUAUCGACCAUUUAAACCACGAGAAUGUGGCGUACACGUACACACUUUUUUGUGAAAAAUAUAUAAAAUUAUAGUUCGGAUGCAGUCCCGUAAAUAUAAAACGAUUUCGUUCGUCUUUUUAUUAUAAAGUUAAUUGUAUAAUGAUAAUAAUUAUUAUUGACGAAUUUACGCCUAAGGAUGCAUUACUAAAUUGACGAGAAAAUCAGCAAUGACUCGACGGUAUACUCAUACAGUGUAGGUAUUUAUCGUUUUCUUAGAUUCUGAAUAUGGCGAGGAAUCUAUUAGAUUUACUAUGAUGUUUUUUCCUGUCUAUUAACAAGGUUUUCUACCAAAAAUUUCACUCCGAUUGUGUACAUUAAGGUGUAGUAUAUUUUAUGAAAAAAAAAAAAAAAAUGUUGUCUUAUUGGUGAAUUGUGGAGGUUAUUUUUUUUUACUUUCCUGUAGUUUUCUCAAUGAGAAAAACGUAGGAAAAUCAGGUAAACGAUUGGAAAUAAUGGGUAAUUUUUUUUCGAUUUGGUGCUUUUGUUGUUGUUAUUCUGUUAGAAAUAAUCAUAGAGACUUGCAAUUUUUAGCAGAUACUUAUAUUAGUCUUUUCUGAAGGUAUUUAUAGGCAUUUUAAAUUGUCAAUGUUUUUUUAGUUCCUAUGUGGAUAAAAUAGUUUAUGCUUGAAUACUUUACACGAGAUUCAUCAUAAGUUGUAUUUAGUAGUCAAAAACAAAAGUUAAGCGUAAUUCAUAGGUGUAGAAGUAUUUUUAUAAGCGUUUUAAUUUCAAAUUUCGACGAAAAUCAUAAAAAUCAUGGAAUUUGAAAACAUUUUUAACCAAACUUGGCUCAGAAUCGAUUUUUUUCUAUUAUAAAUUUGUGUAUAUUAUACGAUGACGGUGUUGAAACACUGCUACAAUAUUGCAUAUUAUCGAGUUCGAGUAUAACUCUAGGUAUUAUAAUAUCGGUGGAGAAUUAAUGCGGUAUAUACCUAAUACAACCUCUGUGGUUACAUCAUAUCGUAAUAUAGUUUGGUGUGCUAUAAUGUGUAUUGCAUAUAAUUAUUACUAGCUAUACAUACACAAACUCUUCGUUAUCGUCAAAUAACAGUGCCGCCGCACACUAGACACAAUAAUAAUAAUAUAAUAUGAUUUCUCUUCGUCGAAACUUAUUAUUAUUGUACACGAACGCCAGGUACGUUUUUUUUUCUUAUUCUUAUUAUAAACGAAACUAGCUUUACGCGCGCUAGCUGCAGCGGCCGUAAAAAGAUAAUUUUAUGUAAGAUUACUUGACCUUAAAAAAUUGCGUGGAGUCUCAAGUGAAAUACUACAAUCAAUUAUACCGAUUGUUCGCUACUGAUGCUGCUGUUACAUGCUGUGUCGUGUUAAUUUUUUACAUCAUGCUCGGUCAGAUGAAUAUUGGUUUUUUUUUUUGAAUGUCAUAUUAGUAUAUGUGAUCGGACGAGAUUCCGUUUUUAUUUUGUUUUUUUUUUUUUUUAUUAUGUUAUCCGACAGUAAAUCACCAAACGAUGAACGCGCGAAAUCCACGAAUCAAACAAAAAUAAUAUUCUUUAGUUAUAAUCGAAACUAAAUAUUUAAAUCGCUUAAUGUUAAUGUUAAUAUUUUCAAACAUGUUAUGAAACAGCCCGUAGGCAUGUAUACACAAAACGCAUUGAGUUUGACGAUACAAAUAUAUGUAAACAGUUGAGUUGACUAUAAUUAGAGCUUGAAUAUGAUUGUAAUGUCCCAUAGAACCCCAACAAAUCUCUAAAAAUAAAUUCAAAAUAAUCUACCUAUACAAAUACGAUUUUUGAAAAAUUUGAUACUUAAACGCUUAUAUAUAUAUAUAAAAAAAAAAAAAAUACUACAUGACACUCAAUUUUUUUUUAAUCACCAAGUACAACUAUAAUGAAAUUUCUGUUAAGUUAACAGUUUUCAGUCAAAAGUCAAAAGUUUUUUGUUUAGUCAAAUAAUUUUAAUCACAGAGUACCUACCAAAUAAAAAUUAUGUAAAAAACUCGCAAAAUUGAAAUGUCUAUUAAUAUCUCAAAAAUUUUCAAAUGUUUUGAACAAAUUACCAUGUAUAGAAAAGGCAAAUAUAAGUUUUAUGUUAAAAUAUCAAGUCUUUUAUAAGCGAAUAUGUUUCACUGAAUUACAAUAAAAAAACAAAUUUGAAAAUAAUAAAACUAUUAAUUUCUUAAACUUUACCGUUUUUUCUACGUACUUUUUUCGGUUUUGCUCAAUUAUCAAAAAAACCACUUCUGACACAUCAACUAGAUUAAAAAUACGUCUCUAAACAUUUUUUUUGGUUAAAGCAAUAUUUGUAGUAGAAAACAUAAUUCUCAAAAAUUAAAAGGCACGCCGUAAAUUUUUGCCAUUUUACCUACAAUUUUGUUUCCGGUUAUUUCCAAUUAUUGUGAAAAUCCUUUGGAGUAACAAAAAAUUACCCCCUUAAUACACCAACUGAAAACAAAACAAUUCCCUUCAGAAAAGUUGCUACACUUGAUAUAUCGGAUCCAAGAUUUCUAGUAGAAAAGUUGUUCACACACACAUACACACAAAUACAAAUACAACAAAAAAUACAAAAACACAUAUCAUAGUAAAACCAAUGGAUCACACUCGCUACGUUCCAUACCUAAAAUAUAUAUAGGUUAACGUGAAAAGAAAAACAGCUGUUAUCAUCCGUCAACUUGUGUUAGUGAUAUUUUGGUAGGUAUGUGGUAUUUUUUUUAAUAAGAAAUUAUUGAUACAUUUUAAAACAUAUAAUAUGCGUAUUUUGUAACAUGUAUAAUAAAUUAUUUUAAAAUAAACAUGUGUUGUAAUUAAAUGAUAUUAGGGCGUUUUCGCAUAAAACGAUAAUAUCGACAGAAUAUGUUGUCGGUGGCGGUGUAGGCCCAUUAGGAUUGGUCAAUUUUCGUACAGUUAUCAGUUAUCGGUAAGUACGAAAAUUGUAUAGCCGAAUAGUUCUAAUAUUUCGAGAGAAAUUAUAAAAACGUAUUGACGAUAAAUGAGUUUUAAUACUGAAAUAAAUUAUAACAAAAAAAGAUUAGCACUACUGGCAUUGUUACGUCUACGAAAAACACGUCGUUUAAUAUUAUGCGUUCAACGUUCAACAAGAAAGAAUUAAGCGCAUCCUAUUUUAGAAGUCAGAAAUAUAUUGUGGAAGGUGAAUUUUUACUAUUUCGGUACGUCGACGGCGGUAUUAAAAAUGGACUGUCAAUUUGUAUUGGUCGUUGAAACAAUACAAAAAUCAUCCAACAUCCGUAAUCUGUCAGACGUGCACACCGACAUCGUUGUCCUGAAACAUAAUAUUUUUUUCGGAUCGGAGUUGUUUUUAUACAGACAAAUCAUAUAUUUAAAACGGCACGAAUUUGGAUGUAAACCAAUAUCGAUAUGAAUAACAAUAAAUUGUUCCUUGUAAAAAUCAUAGACCUUAUACACCUACUCAGUAACUUGGCAACUAAAUAUUGCGUCCGGAAUGAAUCUUUAAAAUGUGACCUUAAAACUUUAAUUUAUAAUGAAAACUCAAUGUUGAAUGUUUUUUAAAAAUUACAACAAAUAAGAGUUUUAAUUACCUUAUAUCUCACUAUUGAAUUUCCUAAAUUUUAAAUUGUUUUAAUUAUUUAUUAAUUAAUUUUUAACAUAAUACCCCCCCCCUCUUCUUACCGUCCAAUUUAUACUAAUAAAUGCUGUAGUUCAUAGUGUACACGUCAAAUGGUGUCUCACAAAGCACUAAAGCACUACGCACAUGCGCAAUAAGCCAUGGGAAUACGGAAUAUUUAAUUACUAUUUACGUGGUAAAUUAUUGUAAUGCAUGAGCAUUAUUGUUAUCACUUAUCAUUUCUGUAACAGAUUUUAUUAAAAAUUAAAAUAUUUGCAAUACCUACUUCGGAAUGUGGAUUGAUUAUUCAUAAAUGCACAAUACAUUUCAAAAUUGUAUUCAGCUGCUGUACUUCUCGCGUCACAAGAUAACCACAAUAAUUAUUGUGUGGAACUAAAAAAUAAAUAAACUUCUUCGAAUGAAUGGGUAUCACUGCGAUUUUACUUAUCAUGACAGCAUCAACCUACUGCGCCAGAUUUGGAUGUUCCGUCUAUAAGUCUAUAGUGAAAACGCCCUUAGUCCAUGUCACAGUCUGAUAACAAUUUAUAUGAUUAAUUUAUGACGGAGGUAUAGUUAUGGUUUUAUUGAUCAACGAUGUCACUGACGAUGUGUUUUGACUAGACGGACGGACGAUUAAAAAUACCAUUUUAUUUUUAUUUUUUGUAACUGAUCAUUUUUUUUUUUUUUAUUGAUGUCUGGGACUUGUAUAAUAUGUAUCAGGGGUCCUCAAUCAUUUUAGCACUACGGAUCGCUUAGACAAUUUUGUGUAGGCCGCGGAUCAUCAAGAUUUACUAUGAAUUUUUAUUUACUUUAUAUUUUUUUCUACUUAACUUUGUACUUUUUCUUUGUGUUCAGCGGGUAAUAAUAACGUAAGUAAAUUAUGUGCAAUAAAUGUAUACAUACAUACUCAACGUAAUAUAUACAUCGAAAACCACUGUCACUUUACGUUGAAUAUUUUUUUCAAUUUUGUAGGUAUGUCCUCGCGAACUACUAAACAAUAUCUCGCUGACCACCAAUGGUCCACGAUCACAGGUUGAGAAUAACUAUAGAUUAGAGAAAUAGACAAUAUUAUUAUAAAUCCGUGUAUGAUUCGCAUUUUUACACCAUCGACCGAAUUUAAUGAGUAAAUAUUAUUACAUAGGUAAACAAAUGGAAUACCUAGGUAAAAUCGGGACAGAUAAAUUAUUCAUUGAAAAGUAUCGGUACUAGUUCCGGUUGAAAAUAAAAAAUCAAAAAAGACACAUUUUUUCUCCUCGAAAUUUGUUUCAGUUACUAUGUCAUAAUAAGUAUCAAUGAUACCAGAUUACCCUCCUCCACUUAAACGGAUUCCAGACCUGCCACCUUAUAUCAGCAUAAUUAUUAUCUAAUAAAAUAUAAUAACUUGCGUACUAUAAUUAUAUAUUAUUGGAUCUCAAAACUGUGUCGGAGUUUAUUGCCACGUCGAAGCAUCGUAUUCUGAAGGCUUAUACAAGUGUAUACAAUACAAAAUGUAAAUCAGUUACUCUCGUCGCACAAUCGCUUCGGUAAUUUAAUUUUGUUAUAUACCUAUACGAUAUAAUUAUACCACGACUAUUAUCUCGGCGGGUAUACACAAUAAUUAUACGAAUAACUAGCGAAUUAGAGACAAUGGGUCUUUCUGGUAUAGUAUAAAAUCGGGUGUGGGAGGGAUGGAAGAUAUCGCAUCAAUAAAUUAAGAUUAAUGUAUUAUUAUUAUUUUCGUCGUUUAUUACAGUGUACACAGUAUAAUAAUCGAAUAAAUAACUCGAAAAAUAGCUUAUAUUAAUGUAAUUAGAGAGUAUAUUAUUUUACUCGUAUUUUAUUUUAUGAUUAUUUUAAGCCAUCAUGGUGAGAAGGGGGAGAGGCAAGCCCUACAGUUUAUUGUUUAUAAUAAUUUUUAUUUUUUUGAGGCCAAGGUCGAUUUACACACGAAAUCCCGCCGUCCAGUGUCCGCCAAAUAUAGUCUUGAGGCUCAUCGAUAUUAUGUUAUGAUACCAAUAGGAUGAUAUAUAUAUAUACAAUAAUAUAAAUUUAGUACCUACAGUGGCAUGCACAAGAGUGGAGGUAAUGUGUUAUAUCUCCUUCCAUAAUGGCUUAAAAAUACAAUAAUUAUGAGUAUUGAUAUAGUCGUUCAAUCUUGAAAUAUAUGUACUUCAGUAAAGUUGCAAGGUAAAGUUCGAUAAUGGAUUGAUUAAAAAUAGGCUUUUUGGAUCUGGCUUUUAAAUUCUGAAAUACAUUUAAGAAAACUCGAAGGAUUUAUUCAUUGCGAUUCGUAUGCUAGAUAACCUAUCCUAUUAGAAAUUCCCGGACACGCUACUGAUUCAGAGUAUUACCAUUGAAACGAAUUCUGACCUCACACUUUUGUCUUAUUACAACGAUGAUAGCAGCCUGUCGUUCGGUAUUUAUUUAGUUCUAUUCAAUCACACCAGUAGUGGGUGCUUCGACAUUAAAUUAUUAAUUCGAAACGUAAAAUAAAUCACGCAGCAAAGUGAAGAGGUUUCGUUUUUUUUCUGUCGUUUUACAAUGUUACGAGUUUUUAAUGAACGUGGCAGUGAUAAACGAUUAUUAUUAUUGAUAAUAUUAUGUUGGUAUAGAUAUAUCGUAUACUAUUAUAAUAAUGAUAAACAAACAUAUUAUUCGUCACCAUUCACCGGGUGGUCGGUAAACGACAUGCGUUUUAGGCAAGGUUAAUUGCAUCGUCGAGGCUCUGUCGGGAGUUAUCAGCUAACGCAACGUGAUUUUAAAACGACCACGCUGUUAAAAAAUAUGAUUAGGACGGUUAAUGAUUAUAUAUCACGUUGUUCGUAUACCUGGCGGGUUUUUUUUCACUUAUAAAAUGUGAGAUGAAGUAUAUUGUAUAAUACCUACGGGAAUUUCUGCAGUAAUGUCCGAUAACAAAUUAUACAAUAUAAUUAUGUAGCGAACGUUUAUCUAAUAGAUUUUUUUUCAAACUCAUGGUCAGUGGUUUUUUUUUUUUAUUUAUAUAAAUACACUAGAAAUAUAGUAGGUAUACAUUACAAGUAAUAAUAAAAAAAAAAAAAAAAAAAAAUUGUUUUUAGCCCUUUGCCAUAUUAGUUAUAGCUCAAAACUGACAACAAUAUAGAUACUUAUAAAUUAUAUAUAUUUUGCUAUGAUUGAUUUUGGAAAUAGCUAAAUAUGUGUACAUUAAUUAUCUGUUAAUAAUAAUUACCUACAAAUGUACAUAGUUAAUUAUUAAUAGAACAAUACUCGAACAGUUGUCGAUUAUAUAGUUAAUUAAGAUAAUUAAAUUAAAUGUUAUAAAAACAUAGGUAGAUAUGAAAAAGUGACAAUGGAUAGAGAGCGUCGCUGUAAUAUUUCUCGUCUCUUUCUCGUAUUUCUCAGAUGAUCUUACUCAUAUGUGAAACUAGAUAAUUUUAUUAGGACAGGCCAAAUGAUAAAUGUGAACAAAAUUGUAGGCAUUUUAGUUACGGAAAUUAAGUUUUUAAUUUAAAAAUUUUUUUUAAAAUAAUUUUAAAGUCAGUAUAUAAUAUGUUAUCCAGUCAGUAUUAGGUCAGCCCAUGACCAGACUGGCCUGACCUGUAGUUUCACUCGUGUUCAUACUCCAAACUUAAAAAAAGUUUGUUUUAUUCGAUUCUGAGAUUCUGAAAAUUAUAAUAUGUUUGUAAAUUACUUUAUAGGAAGUUUCUAUUGUAGCAUUUUUGAUUUAGUUGGUGCAUAGAUUUAGCGCAUUAUUUUUGGUUUUUCUUGUCGAUUGCUUAAUAGGUAAAUGAGUAAAAUUGAUAAUUUUAUUUCCAAAGGUUUUACUAUGAUGUGUGUGUAUGUAUUAGUUUUUUUUGUCUGUGAACAACUUUUCUACCAGAAAACUUGUUCCGAAGCAUUGAGGAGAUCGAUUUUCUAAGGAUUUUUCGAAAUAAUUGUGAAAUACCGAAAGAAAAUUAUAAGUAAAUCGGCAAAUAUUUAUGGCACGCCACGCCGUGGCGUUACGGUUUUUAUUGUUUUCAUUGUGUUUACAUGAUAUUUCCUACCAGAAAUAUUGCCCCAAUUCAAAAAUGACAUUUGAUCGAUUUUGUUUUUAUUAAUAUAUAGUCACAGUCAAAGAAAGUUAACCAAAAAAUUAAAAUUGAUUGUAUUAACUGCAACAUAGCGUCCCAGUGUACCCACGUGAAAUUUUACCGGGGCUAAAAUUGCACUUAUUAUUAUUUUUUAAUAAUUUUAAUUACCUGUUGUUUCGUCGAAUAAAUAUUACUACACUACGGAGAGGGUUUUACUUUGUUUAUUAUAUUAUCGAUAGUUAAUUUACUACAGAUGGAUAUUGAAUUUUAAUCGGUGUAGUUUUACUGAUAUAUGUAGCUUUGGAACUUGUAUUAUUCAAAUGAACUUCUAAUUCCUUAUCCCCAGACUCAAUUCGAAAUUUUAAUAUUUCUCGAAAAUGUCCAUCAUUGAGUUUGGAAGAUAAAGCGAAUUCAUUAUUUCUCAACAAAGGUCCGCCAUCCCGAUUUCUAUAUUUUAGGGUAAAUUAUUAGAUGGCGGUUCUUAUAACGAUACGAUAUUUUAUGAAACUUAUUGAUAAUUAUUCUUCCACACAAACAUAAUCAUUUUUUUGAUUUAUACAUUUAUACAUAAACAAAUUUAUAAUAAUAUAAUUAUAUACUUAGUUACAUUAUUUAUUUAAUUUAACUUAUUUUUCUUUAUAUUAUGUAUACAGUCUACAAGUUCCAAGUGUCAAAAGGUUCUAAAAAUAAUUAUAGUAAGGUUUAAUUUGAGAGGUAAAUAAAUAAAUUUAACAUAGUUAUUACUUAUAAGUUAUAACUGUCCUGACUUGAAUAAAUUAUGAAACAAAAUCAUUAAAAAAAAAAUAAAUAGAAACUACCAUCCUGAAAUUUGACCUCCCGGUAAACUAUCUCUUGUGAAAUUUGACCAGGGAAUAUUUUACUGGGCGUAAAAUUCCACUAGGGAAAAUUUACCGAUGGAGGGAGGGGGGUAAAAUUUAACGGGGUAAAUAAUCCCGGUUACACCAGUUUAAUUAUUUUAAUAUUUUCAAUUUCAGUCUCAUACGGACAGUUACACCGAACACAUGUGUUAUUAUCUCCUCUAAUGUUUAAAUUAAUUUUUUAAUUUCUAUCAGAAUUCUUCGUACUUUUUACCAAUCGACUCAGUUUUUAAUACUAUACUUGAUUUACCAGUAGCUUCCUAAUUCAAUUACGGGAAAAAAAGUAAUAACAAACAUUUAUUUUAACUACCCGUAGUGCAUGAUAAAAACCAGGGACUGACCUUAAUAGUUUUAACGAUUCUGGUUAGGGUUCAGGUUUUUAUAUAUUUUUUAGGGGUUUAGGUAAAAUUUCUGUUUUUUAGGAAGUUUAAAAUUUAUAUUUCAAUUAAAACCGGUUUUAACCGGUAUCCAAUCUUUUAUUUUGGUAUAUUUUUUUCAGACAAAAAAUGUUAAAACAUGUAUACAGUAUGUAAAGGGAUGGCCUCCGGCCAUGUAAAGAGGGUAGGCCAACUUAGAUAUUUGUCUUAGGCCCCGUGCAAAUUUUAAGUUCCCGUGCUUACAUUAUGCAAACUAGCUAAAUAGUUAAAUUGAAAAAAAUAUAUUGUUAAGUUUUAGUCUUUAGAUAAUAUAUAUUUUUCUUUAUUUUACUUUUUAAUAAAAUUUCAUUAAAGAUAAUUAAGCAUAACUACUAUUUACUUACCUUAAUAAAACAGUACUUGACGUUACAUCACUUUCCACACAUGGAAAUUAAAAUUAGAGAACCACUCAAACGUAGAGACUUUAUCUAGUUCCAUAACUGCCAGGACUAUGACCACUCUAAGAAAUUCUUCUCUUACUCUCCUAAAUGCGUUCACUGUGGUGGUAAUAUAAAUAUAAAUAUAAAAUUUCGCCUGCACAAUUUAAAUCCUUCUUCAAUUCUCUGGGUCAUUACUUCAUUGUCAGUGGUGAUAUUAGGAUUGCCAUACAACAAAUCCAAAAGAUUCCUCCUUAUUUCAAACUAUUUAUAACAACCAUCUCACUAUCCUCAACCCUUCCAAAUCUGACCUACUGACUAUCCUCUACUAGUAAGCGUUAGUACAUUUUGGACAUUUUCGUCACGAAAAUGCCAACUAACUAAGAUUAUUAUUUGACGGAAAGGACAGUUUUGUCCAGAUAGUACUGUUAGUUUUGAAUUUGUUUCAAUAACCGUACAUAGAUUGAAUCAAACAUGAAUAAAAACAAUCCUUAAGAUGGCCAUAAGUGGUGACUCCGCCCUAGGAUGAUAAUUUGCAAAAUAGUAUACGUAAAAAGAUAUAUUUUGUGUAAUCAUGUGUUAUCUACAACAAUAACAACAACAAAAAUAACUGACACUGGGGACGGGUGCAGACACCUUUGUAGAUGAGAAGUUUAGAAGGUAGGAUAUAUAAAGUUAUUUAAUUUAUAUUUGUAUGCAAUGAUAAACCAUUGCUAAUAAAAGCGAUUUGGAGAGAAGUUUGGCAAGAGAUAUUUGGAAUGUAGUAACUUUUAUAAUUUUCGUCAAAAUUUGAUAUUAAAACGCUUAUGAAAAAAAAACCUAAUGCAUUAAACUCAAAUUUGUUCUUUAUAAUCUUAAAAAACAGGACAUACUUUGAACGAUGGGUAGGCCACUGUCGUAGAUGAAAAGUUGGGAAGGUAGAAUAUAGAAGGGAAUUUAAUUUAUAUCUGUACGUAUAGAUAAACCAUUGCUAAUUAAAAAUGAUUUAGAACGAAGUUUCUUUUAUAUAUGUACACACAUUUUCCCAAAUACUUUACGUUUUUCCUAAUUAUUAUGAAAAUUUCUUUGAAAAUCAAAAUAUGACUUGUCAAAAUUUACUUUCAGAAAAGGUGCUACACUAAUAAAUUGGAGCGAGAUUACUCACAGACAAAUACAAAAAAAAAAAAAACACAUACAUCAUAAUAAAAGCAACGGAUCCCUCGCUAUGCUCUGAAUCCAAAACAAAUAUUGUAUUCGGAGGGUAGCGAGGGAUCUAUUGCUUUUACUAUGACGUUUGUGUUUUUUUUUUUUAUAUUCUGAGUGGAGUCAAGAAGUUAAUGGUUUACAAAGAUGUUUAUUUUUAAAGUGUAGUAUUAAAUGUAGUACCUUUUCUGAAAGAAAAUCAGUGUGAGGAGGUAUUUUAGGGAGGUAAUAUUUCGAUUUUCUCGAGAGUUUUCUUAUCAAAUUUGAAAAACCAAAAAAAGUGAAAGAAAAACGGGAAAAUAUAAGAAAUGUAGGUAUUAGUUAAAAUAUAUUACGGCCUUCUUUUUUACUGUGAGCAACAUUUCUACUAGCAAUUUAGUUCCAGCUUUAGAGAAGCUGUAGGUACUUUAGAGAGGUCAUUUUUCAAUUUUUCCAGGAGUUUUCCCAGCAAAUGUGAAAGACCAGGAAAAAACAUGGAAAAACGAAGGAAAAAUGGGAAAAUCGUACAAUAUAGAAUAAAUAUUAUUAAAGAAAAUAUAGAGAGCCCAUUUAAUUAUUUUACUAUAAUAUGACAUAUAUAUUGUUGACAAAACAUCACUAUCAACUGAACUCCACUAAGAAUCGUCUUUUCGUCAGCAAUGGUUUAUUGUUGCUAACAGGUACACAUUAAAUUAUCUAUAAUAGUGGCUUCACUCGUCCCCAUAAUCCUAGGACGUCUUGUUUAAUAAUAUAACGUAAUUAUUACGUUAUAAAUUGCAGACAAAACGACCAAACGUAACGCCGCCGUCAUGUUCUGUUUCGUACUGCUCAUCUGUUUAGACCACGGUAACGUUUUGUCCUCACGUGUUGCCUAAUUUUCGCGCGAAAAUAAAAACGAACAGAUGUAUUUCGUACGAUGGGUGGGUCAUUGUUGUAGGUGAGAAGUUGAGAAGGUAAAGGAGAAUGUAUAUCAGCUGUACCCAACCAUAAUUAAUCGUUAACGAAAAAUAUUUCUAACCGGAGUUCGUUUACACAUGUUUUGAAUAUUUGUGAUUUGAAAAUAAUAAAUUUCGUAAAUUUUUCCGUUUUUCCUAUUUUUUCUCGGUUUUUCCUAUUUAUCAUGAAAAUCCCUGGGAAAAUUGAUUAAACUGAAAAACUGACCUCCUUAAGGUACAGCUCCAGUCAGAUUUCUAUUCAAAAACAUUACUACACUUUAAAAUUGGACCAGAAUUUCUUGUAGAAAAAAAAUUAACGUCAUUGUAAAAUCAAUACAUUCCUUGCUCCACUCAGAAAGUCAGAAUCUAAAAUAUUUUAAUAUCAUUUAAACAUAAUGCAGAACCUCAUGUGUUGUUAUAAGUAAUAUAGCCAGUGUCGUAUUUAAAGGAUGAGGUUAUAGAUAAACAUAACGUAAAACACUUAUUAUUUUGGAAAGUAUUAAAUAUUUUCAAAAUUUCUUUUAUAGAACAUUUAAAAAAUAAGUAGCUCUAAAAUAUUACAUUGUGGUUAUUUUUUGUCACCCUAAUUUAAGGGAUGGAAUCACUAUCUACUUUUGAUUUUAAAAUGGCAACCUAUACAAAACUUUUCAUAAAUACAUUUAGUACUAAUUUAAAUACAUUUUGGUGUUUACAUAGAUUUCAGUUAAUAUCAAAUCGUAAGUACUGUCAAUAAGUUUGCCAUGAAAAAAUCCCCCCCAAAAAAAAAAUGUAAAUAAAAAAGUUUCUCUCCGUUUGUGUGUCCAUCUUCCUAUAUAAACGUUCCUUGUAUAAAUUAAAUUAUCCUUUACAUCCUAUUUUCUUAACUAUUUAUUUCUUAUCUACUUUUUGUACCAUUUCGAACCUAAUAAAUUAAAUUUUAGAAUAAUAUAUGAAAACAUUAUUCUUAAAAUAUACAUUAUUUCAAGGAUAUCGUCAUAUAUAUUAACUGGAAGUGUAAAAAAACCUAAUCGUUCAAUUAAUAUGAAAUAAAAUGAAUAACAUGAUAAAUUAUUAGCGUAUUUAUUUAAUUACAUGACCAUUUCAAUAUAUGAAACGCACGAUUAACAAUGAAUUCAUUUAAGGUUAUUCAGCCGAUAUUUAUAGGAGGAAACAUCAUUAAAAUACUAGAACGGAUUUAGAUGAACCCGGUGUUUAAUCAUUUUUGAAAUAGUCCCGCCAAUAAUAAUUAUAGAAGUCAUAACUGCAUCACCUACUCAUAAUUAGUUAUAAGCGGAACUACGAGGUCACUUCGUCCUCCGUACUCCCAUCUCUCCGUUUUAGACGUUUAUUUAUAACAAUAAUUGUUGUCGUUUUUAUUGCAUAUUUUCAGUACAUAUUUAUCAAUUUUUCGGUGCUAUAAAAUAAUAUACACAGUUUAUAAUAAUCAUGAUUUUAUAACAUUUUGUUAAAUAAUAAAAUAACUCAUGAAUAUGACCUAUACGAGUAUAUUGAAUAUAUUAUUAGGUAUUUAAACCUCAAUCAAAUUGUAAAGUAUUAUUGAAAUAGCCUACUUUCGGCUUUAUUAUCCAUACACAGGACAGAAAUACUAUCUAUUAAUACCAUCAACGCGGCCAAAAUAUUGUCUGAUUCAGACCGAAACUAAAACCCGUGUUUGGCGUCACUCUUCCAGUCUUUAUAAAUUCUGUGUGUAACUUUUAAUCCGCAAUACUAUACUAUAAUGUUCUAGUGUUGUGUAUAUUUCAUAUUAUUGUAAUUUUGAAUCUGAGAAUUUAAAAACGUGUUUGCAAUUUGAAAAUCUAUAUUAAUUGAUAGGUAUACUAUUAUUGUGUUUACUGUACUUAUAUAAAAAGAACUAUGAAGGGCAGAGAAGGAACAAUAAUGCUUAAUCUAACAUAUUAUGGUUGUGGUGGACUACUUUUAUGUGUCGCAGAAAAAUGAUGAUAAUAGGCAUAAAUAUCCAUUAGACGACAAAUAUGCUUUAAGAAAGACAAUAUACAGUUAUUUAACAUAACAUAUAAUAUCCGCAUAAAAUCAUAACUUCAAAAAGCUAUAAUUUUGAAAGUUAAUCAGUCCGCUUAAUUCUGACUUCACCAUUGUUUUUAAAUCGGUAUUAUACAAAUAUUCAAAAAAAAAAAAAUUGAAAAAUUUUAUUUGUUCCUCAUAAUUUUUUACUCAAACGAUUUUCGUUAAAAUUUGAUAUUAAAAUUUCCUUAUAAAAAAAUAUACUAUAUUAAUCUCAAUUUUUUUUUUUUUGACUACAAAGUAAGAAUCCUAUUGAACAAAUUAAAUUUUUAAACAAUUUUGCCACAGAGUACCUACCGAAUAAAUAUUACGUACAAAACUCGAAAAAUUAAAAUGUCUAUAAAUAGCUCAAAAUUGGCUUAAUUUGUUGAAAAUUUUACCACGUCGAGAAAAUGAAUAUGUAAAUUUACUGUUUCAAUUUUAAGUCCAUAGAGCGAUACGAAUAUUUUAACCUGAAUUUCAAUAAAAAUAUUAAAUUUUUCAUAAAAAACUUUAAAAUAGCUCAAAUAUUUUAAAAAUUUCACCACGUCUAGAAAAACCAAAUAUAAUUUUUCUGUCAAAAAUUCAUGUCUUUACGUUUAUUUUUAACUGUAUUAUAACAAAUAACAAAAUUGAAAAAUAAUAAAAGCGUUUAUUUUCAUAAAUGUCCCACUUUUCUUACGUUUUAUCCUAGUUUUCUCAAAUAUUAUAAAAACCGCUAAGAAAAUCAAAAAAAUCUCCCAAUAGUACCAUCUGGACAAUAUUCCCUUUUAGAAAUUGUGCCACGCGUAUAUAUCUGGGCAAAAUUUCUGGUAGAUUUUUUGUACACGGUAUAAAAAAAAAAAAAUGUCUUGGUAAAACCAAUACAUUAUUCGCUACACACAGAGUCUAAUAUUUAAAAAACACAAAAUAUUUAAUAUAAAUAUUAAUAAAUUAUUUCAAAAUUAAUAAAAUAACUCUAUAGAUAGGUCGUGUGGUUAGAUAAGUUAAAAAAACAUUUUUGAAAACGGGUUCUCAUACAACUAAAAUUUAUGCAGUGCAUAGUUCCCGGUGGUAAGUCCGGAAUUCAAUUCAAAAUUAAUUAUUUUUAAUGAUCAAUGUACGUCAUUAAAUUUAAUAUUAUGUCUAUAUUAAAAGAACGCUACAUAUGCGUUUUUGUUGUCUCCGUCUUACAAACCCACGAUAUUGCAAAUUUUAGUUCUGCAGAAGCAACUUUGUGCCGUUAUCUUAAAUAUUAGUAAAGUUAAUAUUUCGAUCGUGAUAUACCUGAUGAAUUUUUAAUUUGAAACCGGUCGCAUAAUACAUUUAUCAUAAUACUCCAAGCGACGCAUUAAUUAAUUAAUUAAUUACAUUUUUAUAUACCUUUUUUUUUAUAUAUUUAUUUACGAGUAUUAACUGUGUUAAUAGUUUUAUUUUACUUUAUUACUUUAUUAUUAAUUUGUAUAUUGAGAGACCUGCGCAUAGCAUGUUUUUUUUUUUUAUGGGUAAAGAUCUCAUGCCUCAUAGAGUGAUUCUAUUUAAAACGCUUUUUUACUUUUGAAAAAAAUAAAACUUCUUACAGAACGUAUUGGACUUUGGUUAUAUACACAAAAGUCACAAAAAAAUUAGUUAAAUAUAUGUAAAAUAUUGGUCAAAUUCAAAAUCUAAUUAUUGAUAAAUAUAAUUUUUAAAAACAAACUCUAAUUCUACCCAAGUAUUGGCUAACACUUUAUAACUCUUCCUCUUUCUAACAAAAAAAAAAAAAAAAAGAUGUUCGAAAUUAGUUUGAGUUUUUUCUGUAAGUCAUUUUUUCUAAAAAAAAAAUCAAUUCACAUGAAUACCCCUUAAGACUAUUUUUAAUAAUUGAAGUAUCAUUUUCAAAUCAUCUUACAUAAAAUGAUGCCGCGCUACGAAUUUGUUUUUUUUAAAUUUUAGUUUCGAUUUGACUGCACACGCAGUAUUUUAUUAUUAUUUUAUAUUUUACGUCUAUUUUCAGGUGACAAAAUGAAAAAUCAAAGUGUAUGCGAAUGGUAUAAUGGUCGUUCAAUUUUCCUCACCGGUGGUACCGGAUACAUGGGCAAAGUCCUCGUCGAGAAACUGCUGAGGGAAUGCGAAGGCGUGCAAUGCAUUUACAUACUGUGCCGACCAAAACGUGGUUUCAGCCCUCUGGCCAGGAUUAACCAAAUAAGAAAACUAACAGUUGAGUACAAAUUAAUACUGUAAUGAUUUAGUCGGAAGGACGGAUCACUCGUAAAUAUUACGAGUACUUUGCUGCCAAUAAUAUUAUUGUCCACUUAAUUUAUUUUAAUAUAAAUCGUUGAUGGUCUCAGAGUAAGGUCUCCGGGUAUUUAUGUAUUGGACCAGAAAAUCUGAGAUUCUGAGAGAGGUGAGGUAUGACAUUGACGGUUUUAUCAUAAUGAUUUCAUUGUGAAGUACAUUUGUUUGACGCAUUCAGUAUAAUCCUAAUCUAUUGUUUUAGAUUCUGAAAAAAGCUUAUAGUUUUACAGAGAUGUUUAUUUUUAUUUUUUUAUCUGUUUACAAAUUUUCAAUCAAAGACUUGCUCGGAUUUCUAAGUGUAGCACAUUUUUUGAAAGAAAAUCGGUGACAAGGGCUCAAUUUUUCGAUUUUCUCAAGUUUUCUCAUAAAAUUUGAAAACCAAAAAAACGGGGAAAUUUACGAAAUAUAUUACUAAAAUAUUAAUAUUUUUUUUCUGUGCACAACUUUUCAAUCAGCAAUUUUGAUACAACUUUUAUGAUAUAAAUAUGUUUCUAAAAGGAAAUUUCACUAGAGAGGUACUUUAAAGAGGUAAUUUUUCGAUUUUCUCUGGAAUUUUCCCAGUAAAUGUGAAAAACCGAGAUAAAACAUGGGAAAACUAAGAAAAAACCGAAGGAAAAUGGGGAAAAUCGGUACAACAUUAAACAAAUAUUAUUAAAAAAAUAUAUAUAAAGCCUAUUUAAUUGUUUUAAUAUAAAAUGACAUGCAUAUUGUUGACAAAGCAUCAUUAUCAAAUGAACUCCGCUCAAAAUCGUUUUUUUCGUAAGCAAUGGUUUAUCGUUACUUACAGAUAUAAAUUAAAUAACUUCAUGUAUCCUAUCUUCCUAAUUUCCCCCCUACAACACUUGUGCAUCUAACAAUCUGUAUUGCCUAUUUUUUUUAUUUUUGUCUUAUAAUAUGUAUAAAGAAUAAUAUUUAUACAUGUGAUUACUUGUUAUUUAUAAGCAUCAAAAAUAUCUAUUAUACCUAAAUGUUAGAAUUGAUUUUUAUGUGACACGUUAUUAGUAUAAUCAAAUUAUUGUAAAUUUGUUUAAAAGUAAAAAAUAAUAAUUCUCACUAUCAGCUAAACUAUAUUGGCGUGUAGUUAUAACCAUAUAACUAUAUAAUUACUGUACCUGCUAUAGGUACUGCAAUGAUUAUUAUACAACUGAUGUGAAUUUUUUUAAAUAUUUUUUAGGUGUUCGAUCGCCUGCGCACCGAAUUUCCAGAAAGGUUGAAGAAAAUCGUGGCCAUGGAAGGAGAUUUGGGCCAACCCAAUCUGGGAUUGAGUGCCGAGAACCGGGAAAUUCUCAUCAAUGAGGUGUCUGUUGUGUUUAAUGGAGCGGCGUCGUUGCGUUUGGAAGCUGGCAUGAAGGACGCGAUCAAGUACAACACGACCGGCACAAAGUAUGUGCUUGACUUGGCAGUCGAAAUGAAACAUUUGGUGGUAAUAAACGUUAAACACACGAAUUUUAUUGAUACUAAUAAGUUUAUAUGGGCGUGCCAUAUGCUUUAAAGUCCCUUUUUCAUACAAAUUCCUCCCAAGUUAACUAGAAUAAAAUGCACAAUAUUAUUAUAUGUUUACAUGACUGUAAUACUACAUCUGUACUAAAAUAGGGGAGUUAAACUCAUAAGUAAAUACAUACAAUAAAAUAAUAAAUAUACAAUACUUAGAAUGAUAAUAAUAAUUGGCAUGUAUUGUAUUUUGUAAAAAAAAAAAAGUUGAAAUAGGUAACGAAAAUGUAAUCUAAAUGUGCAACAUGAAAGGAUUUAAAAAAAAGAAUGUUGCGUUUAAGUGGAUUAAUCAAUAAUAAUAAUUCAUCGUCAAUACGUAUUAACAAUCGAGUUAUUAAUUUUUAAAAUAAUCUGCAAAUACGCACAUAAAAGUAUAUAAAGGUAUUAUUUAUUUAUUGUUAUUGAUUAUUAUAGUUACAUGGAUGAAAUAAAAACAAAUUUAAAGGUUGGUAACACGGAUGAAAAAAAAAACUGAGUAAAAUACAAAAUAAUAUUAAAAAUAUUUAACGUUACAAAACGGUUCACGAGCGAAGCCGGGUAAUACAGCUAGUAUUAAAUAAUAUUGUGUACAUUUAUAUUUUUUUUCUCUAUAUAUGAGACUAUCAGUUACACAUCAUUUUAUACUAAAAAUAAUUUUCCCCGUAGCAUGUAUUUGCCUAAAUCGCUGAAAGCUCAGCGCCGGACCAACAGUGCGGAAAAGUCCCAUUCCCUCUUUAUUGUAGUGUAAGGUAUUAAUACACUUCCAUCAACCCAAUUAUUGCAUUUCACAUUUUCGUAAUUUAUAUGGUUGCAGUUUUAGUACAAUCAUUCGAGUUUCAACAUCUUAACACAUAAUCGUUUUAACAAAUAACACAUUUCUUAAUAAAUAAUAUACAGGCUAUUCCACGAAGAUAUACCCCUUGAAUAUCUCCGGAGAUAAUAGAAAUAAUCAAAUUGUGAUUUUUUACAUUACUCACAUGGAUAAGAACUAUAAAUAUUUAUUUUUAAAUUAAUUUUUAUUUUAUAAAACAAUUAAAUUUUUAUUUUAUUAUUUACGGAAAAUUUUAAGAUAGCCAUUCUGUAGAGUUGAUUAUAGUUACAGCCGUUUUAAAUUCUACUAAUCUGUGUGAAAAUCGAUGUUAUCUAGAGAAUAACAUAACCGCGAUACGCGAUAACAUCGGUUUUAUACACGAAUUAGUAGAAUUUAAAACGGCUGUUGCAUAUAAACUAUUCAUUGGAUAUAAAUGUGUAAAUUACGUAUCAAAAUACGUAAAAAUGUUCAGAAAAUGGCUAUCUUAAAAUUUUCUGAAGAUAAUAAAAUAAAAAGUUAAUUUUUAAAAUUUUUAAAUUAAUUCAAAAAUAAAUAUUUUUAGUCUUCAACCCUGUGAAAAAUAUAAAAAAAAAUUCAGAAUUUAAUUACCUUUAUUAUCUCCGGAGAUAUACAAGGUGCAUAUCUUCGUGAGACAGCCUGUAUAUAAUAUGUAAAAGUUAAAUAUGUGAAAUGAAAUUAACUAACAAAAUACAUUUUAUUUCCCAACUUCGCAUUCGGUUAUGAGACUCACUUUGUGCUGGACUCAAAGCGAGUCUUAUAACCAACUCCCACUGUAUUAUUAUAUACAGCUGGUCAUACAAAUUUAUCCAAAGUUUUGUUACAGUUAAUUAGGAAGACUGCAUAUCAAUUAAAUGUGUUAUUUGUUUUAUAGUCGUUCGUUCACUUGUCCACGGCUUUUUGUCACUGCGAAUAUGAAACGCUUGACGAAACGACUUAUCCCUCACCGGCCUCGCCACAAGACGUCAUGCGAACCGUUGAAUGGAUGGACGACUAUACAUUGGAAAUGAUUACACCUAGGUAAUGUAUUAAUGAUUAUUUUACUCCAGUAUGUACAUAUUAGGAGGGAAAAAAUUAUUCAAUAUUAUCGUUUGAUUAAUCACCGAUAAUAGUAUAAAUACAUCAUUGAUGUGCUAAAGUGAUUUGUGAUGGAUGGACUUUUUAAACUGUUCGCUUGUUAAACCUAAGGGGGUAAAUAAGGAUAUGUAGUGAAUAGUAUACCAAACCCGGCAGUUAAAAACAUGGAAUUAAAAACCGGAUUAAAAAAGCCAAUUGAUAAUCAAUAAUUUAGUUUUAAUGAAUUUAAUUUUAGAUUUUUCUUGUAACUUAGCUGAAAUACAUACAUUAUAUUGAGAUUACAUUACUAAACAGUAAACAACACCUAACUGUGGUAUUUUUAAGCCAAUACCCGGGAGGAGGGUCAAUGAUAGGGGGAUUUGCCUUUUUGGUUAUAAUUCCCUCAGCAUGUUAUUUAUAUCUCCUAGGGGAGAGAACAGUAAAUAUAUUCGUCCAUAAUUAAAAUUGAUUGACGUUUUAUUGAUUUCAGACUGCUGGGACCUCAUCCAAAUUGUUAUACAUAUUCGAAACGUUUGGCGGAAUCGUUAGUAACGGAAUACGCUGAACGGAUACCGGUAUCCAUAGCUCGUCCGUCGAUCGGUAAGUUUUAUUGAGAAAUUUAAAAAUUCUGGGACAAAACUAUUUUUUUUUUUUGUAUUCUGUGUUUUCAGUGACUCCUGCGUUCCAGGAACCUGUUCCUGGGUGGGUUGACAGCCUGAAUGGUCCCGUAGGAGUGAUCGUGGCCGGUUCCAAAGGAAUAAUACGGUCCAUGCUGUGCUGUGCAGAUUUCGAGGCGGAAGUCGUGCCCGUGGACAUAGCCAUAAACGCUUUGAUAUUGAUAGCCUGGAAAAGAAAUGCCAUGGAGUAAUAACAAAUAAUUAAUAAUAAUAAUAUUUUUAUAUUAGCGAUAUAAGAGGGGGAGAGAAGAGCGAUAGUUGAUUGCAUGAUAAUAAUUGUCUAAUUUCAAAAUUACAGAUACUUUUUCAAAAAAUUUAUUUAUUAUAUUUUUUAAACACUUAUUUACAAAGUCGUUUUUUGCGAUAAAAAAAAAAAAAAUAAAAUAGAGUUUAAUGUACCUAAGAAUUUUAAAAAAAAUUUUAAUAUCAAAUCUUGAACAAAAUCGUAAAUAUUAGGGUCUUUCAAAACAUGUAUAACCGAAUUUCGUUCUGAAUUGGGUUUCACUAGCAUUAGUUUAUCGUUACUCACAGAUAGAAAUGAAAUAAUUUAAUGUAUCCUAUCUUCUCAACGUUUCAUUCACAAGAGUAGAAUUUACAUAGUUGUAUGUUUUUGAAACUAUAAGUAUAUUGUUUCGAUAUAAUAUGAUGACUGCUGUCAAUAUUCAAAAAUAUACAUUAAGUAAAAAAUUAUAAAAUAAUUUCGCCAAUAGUAUAUAGUCCCCCUUAUACUAUGAUCGUAAUCUGGUCCUACAUCAGUAUACGGAAUGUUUGUUAAUUUAUUUAUUAUUGUAUUUUAAAUGCUUAUUAUCUAGUGAUUUGCCCACCGAUUUGGCACCGUGUUACAACAUAACAAAGGGAGAUAUCGUAAAAAUGACGUGGGGCGAGGUGUUGAACAAAGGAAAACAAUUGGGAUACGAGUAUCCGUUCGAAGCCGGUCUUUGGUAUCCCAAUGGAUCGAUCAGGACCAAUAAACUGGUACAUUAUUUCAUAGUUUUUUGGUUGCAGAUCAUACCAGCCUAUCUGAUCGACGGAAUUAUGAUUAUGGCAAGGCAAAAAACUUUGUGAGUCGUCCGUUAUGUUAUGCAAAUUUAAUUUGUAUAUUAUGUAUAAUGUAUAAUUAUGUAUAAUAUUAUACACAAUCACCAGUAUUAAAAAAAAAAAAAAUUAAAUAAUUAAUACUUGCAUAUUAUACUCAGCAUGGUCCGUGUACAAAAGAGGAUAGCGGUCGGCAUGGAAGUGUUGCAAUAUUUCACCAUGCGUAAAUGGAAUUUCAAAAACAAAAACACCCAGGCUCUUUUGGACAAUUUGAGUGAAGAGGAAAAAAAUAAGUUUUUCAUUCAGAACAUUAACGUUGAUCUCGAAAAGUAUUUCAUACAUACGCUUCUGGGCGCUCGUCAAUAUUGUAUGAAAGAACCCCUGACCAGUCUGGACCGGGCGAGAUACCAUCUUAAACUGUAAGACGAUAAAAUGUUAUUGGUAAAAUUCACAAAAUUUUAUGAACAGUAUUUAUUAAUGAAAUUUUCUUUGGUUUUAAAAAAAUAGGCACAGUUUAAAACAAAUAAAGAAACAAAUUAAAUAAUAUAUUAAAAUCGCUAAACGUUAUUUCCAUUAGGAUUUAAUGGGACAGCUACUAUUUCACAUAUCUGCAUUUGGUAAAAAGAUCAGAUUGUGAAUAUUAUUGAACUAUACGGGAUAAUCAACAUAAUGUGAAACACUCAUUAUUUUGGAAAGUACUAAAUUUUUUUUGAAAUUAUUUUUUUAGAAAAUUUAAGAAUAAAAUAUAAAAUUUAAGUUAUUUUUGAAAGUGAAACCAACUUUUGAUUUUUAAAUAUAAAAUAUUAAAAUACAUUUUGGUGUUGGAAUUUCUAAUUUCCUUCGACUCGUUGAUGAGAUAUUCCACUUUUAAUUGUGUCUUUUACAAGUAGAGGGAGAGUAGUGACUAUUGGAGAAUCAUUUGUGUGGAAGAACCGUAUGCUCAAAACGAUCCACAUAAUUUUCUAAAAAAUAAAUUCUGAAAAAAGUUAAUUCUUUCUGAAAUAAUGAAUAUCUUACAUUAUGUGAUAAUCACCCUGUAAAUGCUAUAAUAUUAUAAUCCGGUAUAAUUUAUAGAUUUUAAUUUAGUAAGCGCACCUACAAACUUUUAUACUUAAAUAAUUGUUAUCUAAUUAAUUAUUAUCGUUAUUUAUUAACACGACCAGUAUCAAUGUUUGUUUUUUUUUCUAAGCCCUUUCACAAUAUUCUGUUAUACCUGUUGGCGUAUGUAUUCGUAAAUGAAACGCAGUUAAUUGAAAUAAUGACAAAUAAUAAUAAUUUAUUUUCAGAUUGUACUGGUUAAAUAUGUUUACCCAAUUGCUGUUUGGAAUUUUACUUUUGUGGCUCUUCUCAAACAUGUUCGGUACGUUCAAGAGUGCGUUGGAUUCGAUUACAAGUUCGUUUUCGACGCUACCAUACGUCGAAUCGUUGAUUCCAUAGUUAAGGGGAUAUACUGCAAUUACAUAGGUAUUAAAAGACCUUAAGAAGAAUUUAUAUUAUUGUUAUUUUUUGUAUACGUAAUAAAUGUACGUAUCGAAAUUAAAUUUAUUAUUUUUUGGAAGGGCAUAUGGUACAAUUUUUCAAAUGAAGUUUUUUAAUUAAAUUUUUUUUUCAUUAGUUAUUAUUACUAUUUUAUCAUGUGAAAUAUGAAUAAUAUUGUAAAAUAUAAUACGGUUGGUAAUAUGGUAUCUUUAUUAUAUUAUACUAUAUAAACUUUAAAAAUUUAAUAAUUUCAAAUUAGUUAAAACUAAUAAUAUUGGUUUGGUGUUAUUAUUGUUAUUAUUUUUUGUAAUAGAGUUUUUUUUUAAUUGUACCUAUAUUUAAAUAUUAUAUUAAUAUGAACAUUCGCAACACAUAAUAUUAUUGAUUUUUUUCUUAUGUACCUAUAUACUAUACACUGUAAUAUGUUUUAAUAAAAUUGUAUGCAAUAAAUUAAU